CGAGGCAGUUAAUAAGGAAGCCAACACACACCCACACACAUACAACACCUACACACAACACCCACCCCGCACACACACACACAGAAAUUGAUUAAGAUGUCAUGGAGAUAUGCGCUACUCACCGACAGAUACAGCAGCAGCAUUGGCGAUAGAUAUAGUCCGCACUAUUAUCAGUCGCCCAGCCGUCUGGAAACCUCCGAACAGACCACAGGACGCCAGCUGCAGCGAGUACUGCAUUAUUCGAUGGCCCCGUGCCGGACAUUGCCCGGCCUGAGACGUGCCGAGUGCGCCAUACACGAUGUUGACUGUGAUGAGGUCUAUCCGGGCAUUUAUAUUGGCGAUGCCGCGGCGGCCAAAAACAAAACCUAUUUGCGAAUGAUGGGCAUUACGCAUGUGCUGAAUGCCGCGGAGGGCUGUCGCUACGGUCAGGUGGACACGGGACACAGUUACUAUCGUGAUAUGCCCAGCAUUAGACGCCAACAUAAGGAUUGCAUUUUUAGAUAUAUGGGCUUCCCCAUGAUCGAUGCCCCAACGACAGAUAUAUCCCGUUACUUCUAUGUGGCAGCCAAAUUCAUAGACAGUGCCAUCAGCAGCGGCGGCAAAAUUCUGGUGCACUGCUUGGUGGGCAUGUCGCGGUCGGCCACCUGUGUGCUGGCCUAUUUGAUGAUCUGCCGCAAAAUGUCCGCCGUAGACGCGAUACGGACGGUGCGCAUGCGCCGUGAAAUACGACCAAAUGAUGGCUUUCUGCAGCAGCUGGCCGAUCUCGAUAUGGAGCUAAAGCGCAAGAACCUCUAUCCCUACUAAGGCAAUACCAAAACCCCAACACAACCAAAGAUAUAUAUAUAUCUACAUCAGACACCAACACAAACACACACACACACAUAUAUAUAUAUAUAUAUAUAUAUAUAUAGAUGUAUAGGAUAAGGACAGAUAUAAUGCUGAUGAAGGGCUAAAGAAAAAAAACACACAGAAUUGUUUUAUUGCUAAGAGUUAUAAAAACACACACACACACAUGGGCAACGUUUAUGCGCUGCGCACAAAUCAUGAUAUGAACUGCGAGUAAGUAUUGAAUUCAGUAUAAGUCUGUAUUGUAUUGUAUUUCAUGUUUAAACAAGGUUAAAGUUUAUGAUAUGGCUGCAGCGUAUAAGCGUGUGCCAAAACAGUUAUACACACACACACACACACACACAUAUACACACAGACUAGUACAGAAAUGCAACGUUUACACGCGCUGCCCAAAUCAUGAUAUCAAUUUUGAAGAUUCAUCAAAAAGAGAUAUUUUGAUGGGCAUAUAUAUAAGGGUUUGACACAAUUCCAAAUGGGGCGCAUUAUGUUAUGGGUGUUACGUAUAUAUACUACACAGACACACACAAAACCGACUCACACACACAGACCCACAUAUACAGACAAAGCGUUGUUCUAAACUAUUUAUAAAGAUAAAAAGCUAACGACUUAAUGGUAACUUGGUCUUCUGAUAUAAAAAGCUGUUCAAAUCAAUUGUCUUAUCGUGACAUCUCGUUAUAUGCAUACAUAUAAAAAAAUAUAUUCGGUCGUACUUCCAUUUACUGGGUAUCAAGUUACUUACACAGACACACACACACACACACACAGACGUGCACACCCCUCCCACAUACAUAGCUAGCUAGGCAUGGAUCCACGAUCUACAGCACAGCGUGAAACAAUAAUUGCAAGGAUCGAGCUGACAUCUGAACACCAAGGCAUAUAUAUGCAUAUACACAAAUACAUAUAUAUAGAUAUGUAUAGAUGUGUAUGCAAAACUAAAUAUAUACUUACCUAUACCAUAUACACAUAUAUUGAUAUACAUGUAUUCCUAUGAUAUUUUUUGUAUGCAACUCUUUGUUAUUUUACGGUUCAUGUCCUACCUGCAUAUAUAGCCCACAUACAAGCAUAUACUCUUAAGCGUAUAUGCACUUAGGCAUAUAAGAAAAGCUGAAAAAAACCUAAACAAAAUGAAACAACACAAAAUGGAACAAUGUAUAGAACACGACAUGCGUAUAAAAUUAACAAAAUAAAAAAAAAAAAUCUGAUAAAAAAAUCUGUGUAAUGUAUAAUUAGUAUAUACAACAUGCGUUAUACACACCCAAUAUGAAAAUGAUAUAUACACACAAACUAAUAUGUUUGUACAUACAUGCGUAUAUUCAACUAUUGUACAAUGAAAUAGCAAAGCUAGCAAAAAAGAACAACAACAAGAAGAAGGAAAUCCAACAAAAUGUAUAAAGAACAACAACCAAAUUCAUAUUUUCUAGAACAUGUAUGAGCAGAAACAAAUACGAAA